AUGUUUCGGCGAGCAGUGGUUGUCUUCGCCAUCCUCGCCGCACUCGUUGGUGUCUUUGUUGCCGGACAGACUGCUCAAGAAGACCAAGCGUUUGUCAGUGGCCGCAACAACACGGUUCUUAUCCUCGCCGACAGCCAUCACGGGCUGUGUAACGCACAUCUGGCCACAGUCUCGGCACUGGUAGAGAACCAUCCGUUGGGUGAGGUGCACUAUGCUUCCUUCUCCGGCAUGGCAUCGGACAUUGAGCGCAUCUCGAAGAAUGCCAGAGCAUUCAAUCCAGAUGCAAAGACACACUGGCACCAAUUCGACGGCCCGAGCAUCGUGGACGAGAUCAAGGCGGCGGGCGGCUUGCUGGAGAUUGUGACACCGCCGGGACUGCCUGGGCUGAAGGCGUUUGCAAAGAUGAUCCCAUUCUUCAUGACGGCAUGGUCAGACGAGGCACAUCUGAGCCUGUAUCAACAGACUGUGGAUAUUAUCCAAAAGGUUGAUCCUGUUGUCGUGAUCCUCGAUUCGUUGCUCCGACCAAGUAUCGAUGCUACUGUGAAUCUCAAUCGCACGCGCGCUUACAUCACUCCGAAUGCGUUGGCAGACCUCUUGAGCCCCGUACAGCCCCGAGGAGCGCACUUUCGGAGAUAUCCUGGGAUUGCUUCGGGUCUUCCUUUCCCUGUCCCCUGGAAAGACAUCCCGUCCAACAUGUAUCAGCAACUGUACUUCAUCAUCAACUACCUCAUGUCUUCAACCAUAAAGAACAAGCGCUCCUCGCUCCAGGCGUAG